AUGAUCAUCAUAUCAGAACCGUUCAUCACUCGCCGAGGCGGGAUGACCUACAGAGAUGUGGGCUGGCUGUGCAAGGCGAUCCUCUCGCUGCAAAUGUACGGCCGUCUCUCUUCGGUGAUGUGGAUGUGGAACGAAGGCUUCUUUCUGCACUCGAGAAUAACUGUCUCCAUAUUCGACUCCAGGGCUCCGUUCAAAUUUCUCCAUUUGGUCGGCUGGGGUCUGCCGGCGGCGUUUGCCACGGCCUGGGCGCUGGCGACGGAGCGCGCGCUGCCAGCCAACUGUUGGUUCGGCUACGCCGAGCUGGCCUGCAUCUGGCUGCUCAUCGCCCCCAUGAUCACGGCGCUGGGGAUCAACAUGCUGUUCCUCUUCAACGUGGUCCGGAUCCUGGUCACGCGGAUGAGGAACAACACUACUAUGGAGAUGGAGAAGAUCAGGAAAGCCAUCAAAGCGACGGCGAUUCUGUUUCCACUUCUGGGCAUCACCAACCUCUUCUUCUUCAUCCGGCCUUCGGAAAAGGACUCGCGCUACCAGGUGUACCUCAUCACCAACUCGGUGCUCCACUCCCUGCAGGGAAUAUUCGUCUCGAUCCUGUAUUGUUUCCUGAAUUCGGAGGUGCGCAUAGCCAUCAAGAAAAAGUACUACCGGGUAAUGGCGAUGCGGAGCAGCAACCGGUGGUCUCCCAAGAACUCGUGUCGCACGUCAACCAUGUUCGUGUCACAGGCCGACCGGCUGUGUUGCCGACAGCAGAAGUGGACCACCAGCUGCAGGGAGACGAACGCGGUGUCGGUACGCAGCGCGCCUCGCGUGCGCCUGUGA